AUGUACAUAAAUCCGGCCCAAUAUGCUCUGGUGUUCCAAGAGAUUAAGCGGAGCUCAUCAUCUCACUCCACGUGCAGACUUAUUCUUUUUGUCUCAUGUUUGAGCAUCGACUCCAUUUGUACAGCCAAAAUUCUAAGCUUGGUUCUUAAGAAGAGCUUGAUCCAGUACCAAUUGAUACCGGUUGUCGGGUACGCCGAUUUGAAGGAGCAUUACCAGAGGUUGGAUGCAGAUGUUGCAAAUAUCAUUUUGAUAGGAUGUGGAGCAAUGAUCGAUAUUGAGGCAUUCUUCGAGAUUGACGUCAACGAAUACGUUAGCGAACAAGCGCCAGAUGUGACACAGUCAUUGUAUGAAGACUUAGAUAAGGCAGUUCAAAAAAGUCUCCAUUUGAGGCGAAAAAUCUACAUUAUUGAUGGUAACAGGCCUUGGAACUUGGACAACGUAUUUGGGUCUGAAAUGGUUGUGUGCUUUGAUGAUGGUUAUAUUGACAAGAACUUGCAAAAAGAGAGGGCGUCAUACAAAAUGUUAGUGGACGCGUCAGACCAUGAAUCUGAUGAUGAGGAUCAAGAGGACGACUCCGAUUCUGAUUCUGAUAAUGAAGAUGAAGUGGAGGAGAUAGCAGUUGGAUCAGGAGAAGAGCUGGAUAAAGACGAAAAUGAAGAUUCCCGAAAACGGAAACACGAAGAUGAUGCAAAAAGACUCCGCAAACAGCGCCGUAAGGCUUUGCACUCAUCGGAAAGCCUAUUAGAAACGUACUACAACCAGGGUACUGCCAUUUUUACUGCCACAACAGCAGUCACUUACGCAUUACUCGCCACAAUCGGUGAAACCAGCAUAGAUAACUUGUGGCUCUCCAUCAUUGGUGUUUCAUCCUUGGACCGCCUUCAUUCGGAUGUUUACGAUAAAAUUGUACCACUAUUCAAGGAAGAGGUUCACAGAUUGAAUCCUUCCAACAGCUCAGGGAGUUCGUCUGAGAGAACGGCAGAUUCCAAUACGUUGGCUAUCGAAAAAGACUACCAUCUCUUCCUCUUACGACACUGGACUCUAUAUGAUUCUUUCUUCUACUCGUCUUUGGUCAACUCCAAGCUCAAUUUGUGGACAGAGGACGGAAAGAAAAAACUUCACAAGUUGUUUGCCAAAAUGGGAAUAUCACUUUCCGUGGCUCAACAGAAGUGGUUAUACAUGGACAUCGCAGUGAAGAAAAACCUUCCGGUUAUCUUCAGUAAGUACCUUCCCCUCUACGGUCUAGAAGGUGUUGUACGCGAAGGAUUUGUUCGUACGUUUGGAUAUUCUGGCCAGUUAUCUGCGAUGGAAUGCGUGGAAUCAUUAGCUGCUUUACUCGAAACUGACGACAGCUCUCUCCGAAAGGAUACCAAAAACAAGGAGAAUGGCGAGUCAGAGCAAGAUGAAAUCAAUGCUAGGAUCCAGAAUAAGGAGAAGCUAUGGGUGAACAAUUUUUGGUCAUCUUGGGAUGCCCUUAACAUGAGUACACAAGGAACUAAUUCGAGGAUUGUUUCAGCGAGAACUAAAACAAUUGGUGAUAUUAAAAAACUCAAAGGAUUUGAUUUGAUGAUUCAUGGACUCGAGAAUGCCAAAGAGAUCCAGCAGACCAUUUUCAAGACAGGAAUGUCUGUGCUAGAAAGAAAGCUUAUCAAGAACUUGAGACUCUAUCGACUUUGUGUGCUCAAUGAUGGAUCGAUCCCGGAUCUAAAUCUCUUCAAUAAUCCAUUGAUUCUUUCAAAACUUGGAAAUUGGUUACUUGAAAAUAUUAAUGAACUUGAGUUUCUCAAUUUUUCCACUAAGAAAGGCGACUCGAAACUUAACGCCCUCAAACCGCUUGUGGUCGCAAGUUUGGAUGCCGCCAGUGACACAUAUCUCGUUAUUGGGCUUGCCCCAAAAUAUCCUCGUGGCCUAGAUAACUCCACAUUGGCCAAGAUUACACAGAAUCAAGACAAGAAGGACAUUUCAUUGAUGACGAGACUUAACACGUUCAGUGUCGCAUUCCAGAAAGUGUCAUCCACAUCAGGAGCCAAGGUCAGAAUUAAUAGUUUCGAUUCAUCGAUUAUCGAGAUUCGGAAAGAUGACCUUUCCCCAUUCUUGGAGAAGCUUACCCUCAGCGGAUUAAUUUAG